AUGAGUCCUUUCGAACCAACGUCGUCUUUUCAUCCUACUUUUCUUUCUGUGGACAUUAUUCUACGUGUCUAUCCUCAAGUUAAAGCUCUGGAUCAUAUAAUCCAUCAUCUUAAGAACCUUCUUGAUGUAUCAAAGGUUUUAUCCGUCGUUAUUGCAGUGCAGUAUCAACCACUCGAGUCAGCACAGCCCUCGUUAUCAUUACUCGAACAUGCUGCAUUUCGAGAAAAGAAGAAACUCUUUUCCUGGUCUUCGGAGCUCAAACGAAGCUAUAAACAAUAUCAAUUUGAAACAGCAUUGAAUUAUGCAGCAGCCCGAGGGUUUUUCAUCGGGGUCCGAUGGUUACGCUCCAAAUAUUAUCCCAAAGGAAAAUUUCAUGGUGUCGAGCGUGCAGCUCUAUAUAGUGGAAAUUUACAAAUGUUACGGUACCUUCAUAGUGAAUUUAGCAAUAAAAUGGUGGAUGAUGCAGUAGUGGAUAGUCAAGAUGCAGUGGCUCAUGCAGCAGCUGAUGGUCGACUGGAUUUGGUACAAUGGUAUUGUGAGAUGAAGGGUCCAUAUGCAUUUGGAUGGAACGUCAUGGAUGCUGCAUUGGCACAUAAUCGUAUGGAAGUAGUGCAGUAUCUAGACAGUGUACUGGGUAAUCGAUGUACUAGACGAGGGUUGGAGAAAGCGGCAUUAAAUGGACACUUGCAAGUCGUUAAAUGGCUUAACGAUUCGAGAUACUAUGAGAUCAGGACGUUUCGAUCGUUGGAAAAUGCCAUUGCAGCGUUGACUGCUGCGGUUACGUACGGACAGCUUCGGAUUUUGGAGUGGCUGCACGAUCGGGCGUCGACGGAAGCUGCUAUGUUUAAUCGACGCUUUCGCUUUGAAAUUUAUACCAACCAGUUGUACGCUGUAGCGAGAAAUGGACAACUGGAUGUGUUGCAAUGGCUGCAUACCAACAAUUACCCUGUGCAUUGUCGUCGAGCACAUGUCCUUCGUGGAGCUGCUAGUGGCGGGCAUAAAGCCAUUAUUGAGUGGAUGGAAGAUACGUUUGAACCUUUAUUGCGCCAGCGCCAUCGUAUUCGCGUGGAUAGCGCUGCUAGUUUUGGCAAUAUUCAGUUCGUUCAAUGGCUGCAUCAUCAAGGAUACCGAUUCACAAACCGCGCGAUGGACGAUGCCGCAGCAGGCGGGUAUCUUGAUAUUUUACGCUGGAUGCACGAGAACGUUGAGAGAUUACGCUGCACAGUGGCUGCGAUGGAUCGUGCUGCUGCUAAUGGUCAUCUAGAUGUUGUGGAGUUCCUUCACCAAAACCGAAAGGAAGGCUGCACGACAGCGGCAAUGGAUAAUGCUGCACGCAAUGGACACUUUUGUGUUGUGAAAUAUCUAUUUGCCAACCGUAGCGAAUAUUGCACGGCUUUGGCGGGUGAAUCACGUUCAGUGCAAGUGCUACAAUUUCUGAAAGAAAACAAUCGUCUUCGUUCUCGUCUUCCGAAAACGGUAGAAGCGGCGACAAGAGGAGAUAUUGAACUGCUUCAGUGGCUAUAUAACCACGAUCGAAGACGCUUUGGUUUUGAGGCUGUUGUUGAUGAGGCUCGCGAGCACAGUCAUUUUCACUUGCUUCGUUGGCUUGAAACACUGCCUGAAGCUGGGCGAUACUGCUAA